AGCGCCAGCAGGAAAGGCGCUGUGCGUCGCACGUGUGCGGAGGCCGCGGGCGGGCCCAUGGCGAGCUCCGCGGGGCUGGCGCUGUGCGGACAAACGCUGGUGGUGCGGGGCGGCAGCCGGUUCUUGGCCAUCUCCACUGCGAGCAGUGAUGAUGACCGCGUCUUCACGUAUGACUGCAGUGCUGCAGAGAAGUCUGCCCCAGAAGAUAAAGGGGAGAAUGGACAGCCCGUAGACAAGGGGAGCGACACGAUUCUGGCGUCCACCUUCUCCAAGUCUGGCAGCUAUUUUGCUUUAACUGAUGACAGUAAGCGUCUGAUUCUUUUCCGUACAAAACCAUGGCAAUGUCUGAGUGUCAGGACUGUAGUGCGGAGGUGCACUGCUCUGACUUUCACAGCCUCAGAGGAUCGGCUCUUGGUGGCUGAUAAGUCUGGAGAUGUCUACUCCUUCUCGGUCUCAGAGCCUGAUGGAUGUGGCAGGCUGGAACUUGGACACCUCUCCAUGCUGCUAGAUGUGGCCAUGAGUCCUGAUGACCUGUUUGUGCUCACUGCGGACCGGGAUGAGAAGAUCCGGGUCAGCUGGGCUGCUGCUCCGCACAAUAUCGAGGCUUUCUGCCUGGGACACACAGAGUUUGUGAGCCGCAUCUUUGUUGUGCCCAGUCACCCUGAGCUGCUGCUUUCCUCAUCUGGGGAUGGCACCCUGAGACUCUGGGAGUAUAGAAGUGGCUGCCAGCUGCAAUGCUGUGACCUGGCCAGCCUACAGGAGCCUGCAGAGCAUCAAGGCCACAAGGGAUUGGCCGCAUCUAGGAUUGCAUUCUGGGGACAAGAGAGCUAUGUGGUGCUUCUGUGUGAGUGCGUUCCUGUGGUCUUCAUCUUCCAGCUUGAUGCCAGCAGACAACAGCUGGUGUUCAGACAGCAGCUGACUUUCCCUCAUCGAGUGUGGGAUGUCGUCUUUGAGGAGACUCGGGGGCUGUGGGUUCUGCAGGACUGUCGGGACGCUCCCCUCGUGCUCUGGAGGCCUGUGGGUGAACGGUGGCAGGCUGUUCCUGAAGAUGCUGUGUCCCAGAGACUUGGCAGCCAUCUCCGUGAAAACUGGGCCAUGCUGGAAGGCACUGUUGGUGCAGAUGAGGGUUUCCGCAGCCUCUACAAGGCCACCUUCGACAACAUGACCUCCUAUCUGAAGAAGAAGGAAGAGAGACUGCAGCAGUUGAAGAAGAAACGACAAAGGAGCCCCCUCCCAGCGUCCCCAGAACAGACCAAAAAGGCGUGCCUGGGGCAAUCAGCCCUUAGUUGCUGAUCUUGGACUUGGCACAGCUCUCAGCCCUGAGGCUUCAUGGGUCGUUCUCUCUUCUUCCUCCUGCCGGUUCAUCCAUAAGGAGGGAGAUCAUGGCAGCUCAGUCCCCACCGCUAGCUCCACAACCGUCUUUGUCACUGAGCACAGCCUCUUGGCUGCAGGGGCACCCAUGGUGUUAACCUAGCUAAUGAUUCUUCAGAGCUGCAUGGAAGCACCUUCACAUUGAAGGGUACACUGACCUGUAGCACCGCGUCCGUCAGUCAGUGCCCAUGGUGCCGUCUCUGCAGAUCUCUAGGGAGGCCUGCGGGCAGGAUGGGCAGGACCUGCCUCCAUUGCUUUGGGCUCUCCAGGUGGAGUACUUCAUGGCUCACACGUAGUUGCUUGCUAUUGUGGGGCAGAUUGCUCUGUACUCUUAGCCACUUGUGGUGAGGGGCUCAGUCCGGGCCAAGCAGAGCAGCAUGUACAUCCUAGGGAAACAGGCAUGGCAUUGGUGCUGGAGCAGACCUACCUUCAGGGCAGAUGAGGAUGUGAUCUGGGCCAGGCCUUAUUUUACAGGAAUGACCAGUGAUGUCGUGGUCUAUUGCUUUGAUUUGAACUCUGCACACACCACAGAACAGCAGGGGAUCAACUGAACACAGCAUCAAUAAAGAAACUUUGCAUAGCUUUCUGUAAU